AAUGAUAAAAUGGUACAUUUGAAGGAUUAGUCCAAUUGUUAUCCUAAUUUUGCCACUUGAACCUUCGGUAUAAAAACGCGAAACGACAAUCGUUCCUCACUUUUGGUUGAACCAUGUUCAAACUCGUAUUGGUUUCAGCGCUUUUUGCUCUUGUAGCAGCGAGGCCCAACCGCCCGGGACUUCCUCAUUUAGAUGGAAGAAUUGUAGGUGGAUUCGAUGUCACCAUUGAACAAGUCCCCUAUCAAGUUUCCCUAAUGGUUCGCCCCGAUAGCCCCUAUCACAUUUGCGGCGGAUCAAUCAUUGCCCACGAUCUAAUUUUGACAGCAGCGCAUUGCACCACCAGGUAUCAACCUUCAGAGAUGAGAAUUCGCUACGGCAACACCAUCAAGAACGAAGGAGGCACCAUAAUGGAAGUGUUGUUCAAGAAAGAUCACCAUCUGUACAACCCAAACACAAUGGACUACGACAUAUCGGUUUUAGUUCUCAGUGGUCGAAUUCAAUUUUCCGCAAGUGCCCAAAUUAUCCCACUAGUUGCCAGCGGUUCUGGAGAAGGAGGUCGUGCCGCCAUGGUAUCAGGAUGGGGCAGGCUUUCAUCCGGUGGCGCAUCGCCCACCAAAUUACAGGCCGUUUAUGUGCGUGAGGUUGAUAGAAAGAAAUGCAACGAAGACUACAGUGGCCCAAUUACCGAGAGAAUGAUUUGCUUCAUGGACACAUACAAAGAUUCGUGUCAGGGUGAUUCCGGUGGCCCACUCGUAUCCAGUGGUGUCCAAAUUGGUGUUGUGUCAUGGGGAUGGGGAUGUGCCGAUCCAAGGUACCCAGGUGUUUAUUCUAAUGUUGCUGUACUUAGAGAUUUCAUUGGUUGGUAAACAAUAUCUGUUUCAAUGAAUCUUUCUGGAAAAAAAUGUGUGCAAAUAUAGUAACUAAGUUUCGUUGCAA